AUGUCGGAUGUGAGUGAGGGUGAGAGAACUCCAAGGCUGGGCAGAAACUCAUCUGCAAACAGAAAGGCAGGGGAUGACUCGGGCAAGAGCGUGGAAAUCCCGCCGAUUUAUCGACUCAAUUCAUCAGACAGCACAGGCGCCCAAAUAAUCGGCUGCGUGCUCAAUGGGGAUAAUUACCUGACAUGGUCACGAGCGAUGUUAAUCGCUCAACGGGCAAGAAACAAAUUGCCCUUCAUCGAUGGGAGUCUGGAGGUACCGGAAGUGAACGAUCCUCUCCGAGGCUGCUGGGAGAGAUGCAAUUCAACAAUCCUGGCGUGGAUGUUCAACACCAUGGAUGUGAGCCUUCAGGCGACGGUCACGUAUGCCGUGGACGCCGGAAGCUUGUGGAAUGACCUAAAAGAGAGGUAUUCAGAGGGAAAUCAAUCUAGGGUUUUCCAAAUUAAAACCGAUAUUUGUCUCUUACGGCAGGAAGGAUUAAGCAUUCGGGAAUACUACAACAAAUUGAAGCUGCUGUGGGACGAAUUGGAGAUUUACCUGGAGCACCCGGGUUGUAGCUGGGGGGCAGUAGUCGCGAUGGCAGUGCAGAGGGAGACGAAGAAGUGCUUCCAGUUUCUGAUGGGGCUUACCUCCGAAUUCAACACGAUUCCGUCGACGAUUCUGAGCAUUGAACCGAUGCCAAAUUUGAAUAAAGUCUACAAAAUGGUGGCAAAUGAGGAACGGCAACGAUUGGUGACGAGAGCUCGAGAAUCGGCCCCGGAAUCUGCCGUCUUCUUCGUCAAAGCGGAAGCAGAGCACGGGCAAGGAAGAAUCGGAGCAUCGAGACACAUGACAAGAUGCCUCGAAAAUUUUUCGGGAACGAUUGCAAUCAAAGGUGGAGCACCGGUAUAUAUUCCUAAUGGGGGCAUGGUAAAAGCCACCCAAACAGGAAAUGUGAAAAUUGCCGGCAUGAUGGAAAUUACGGACGACCGCACCUCGAGGAGAACGAUUGGAGUGGGUGAGCUUCAAGGGGGGGUCUAUUACCUGAGGCGAGUGGCUACCACACCGCAGACAUGCCAGGCAGUCCUUGAGGAAUCUAGGGAUCUCUGGCACCGGAGGCUUGGUCACCCAUCUCGUCUGAUAAAAUUGCAUGUCGUGGUGUCUGGGUAUAUCUUCUGCGAGAAAAAUCUGAAGCUCGGCGUUUAUUAUUGA